AUGGCGAGAACAUUUUAUUAUAAUGAAUUAAUUCUUCCACUUAUUUAUCGAAUGGCAAAUUUAGAAGAACUUGGUUUGUAUUUCACGGCCUUUGUUAAUGAAACAUUUAUUGAUGGAAAUAGUUUGAAGAAAGAUAUUCUUAAUCAUAUGUUACAAUUAAAACAAUUUGCAUUUGAUAUUCGUUCGAUUAUGUCCAUUAAGAAUCAAAUGGAUUUACCAUCGAAAGAAGACAUUCAACAAUUUACAAUAUACUAA